AUGCUUACAACUGCUCUGUCUCUGUUGAGCUGCUUCCAAGCUUCCCUCGUUGCGGCUGGACCAAUCAUCCGCCUGUCGGAUCUGUCUGUCAAAGACUAUCACCCGGCCCCACGAGGCUGGAUGAAACAAGGGCGUGCCCCAAGCACUCAUUUGAUCCAUCUCACGAUUGGACUAUCCCAGGGUCGCUUCAGUGAGCUUGAACGGCAUUUGUAUGAAGUGUCUGACCCAUUCCACGCCCGACACGGGCAACAUUUGUCGGCUGAGGAAGUCCAUGAGUUAAUCAAGCCCCCAGAAGAGGCCUCUGUUGCCGUCCAUGAAUGGCUGCAAGGCCAUGGAGUUGACGUAGACAAGCUGAGAUACAGUCCGGCCAAGGAUUGGAUCUCCGUGACGUUACCCGUCUCUGCGGUGGAAGAAAUGCUGGAUACCGAGUACUCGGUCUACAAGCACCACGACGGAGCUGUUCUGGUUCGUACAGAAGGGUAUUCGCUUCCUCUCUACGUUCAUGAGCACAUCAGUACCAUCCAGCCUACCAACUCAUGGGCCAGACUCCAGCGACAACAGAAACGACACGAGGUUGAGAGACGCUAUUCUCACGUCUUGAAAGUCGCUGAUGAUUGGACUCCGCCCGAGUUUCUCCCCGUACUGUCCAAUGCCACAGUGGAAACCGUGUGCAAUUUCGAUGCGGUCACUCCGGACUGCCUGAGGACAUUAUAUGGCACGGUAAAUUACGAGGUCAAAGCUGCUGGAAAGAACAAGAUGGCCCAUAUAAACUAUCUGGACGAGGCGAGCAAUCGUUCCGACAUCAGCAUAUUUUUAAGCAAGUAUCGACCGGAGGCGGAAGCGUAUGCAUAUGAAUUCGAGGCCAUUUCUAUUGCAGGCGGCUUGCUUGACAACGGCACAAAUGUCGCGGCUGAGGGACUUGAUCAAGAAGCAAACCUGGAUGCCGAAUACAUGAUUGGCAUAGGGUAUCCUACCCCUUUGGUCGCAUACCAUACAGGCGGCCGUAACCCUACCUUUACGCCCGACCUUCUGGAAAGCGACAACAGCAACGAACCAUAUCUGGUCUGGGCGACUUACAUGACCGGCUUACCGGACGAGGAUAUCCCACAAGUGAUCUCCACUUCAUAUGGGGAUGACGAGCAGACAGUCAGUCGAUCCUAUGCCCAAGCGGUCUGCAACCAGUUCGCCCAACUUGGGGCCCGAGGCGUCAGCUUGUUCUUCGCCAGCGGCGACUCCGGCGUGGGUCAGGACGGCACAUGUUACUCCAACGUGGACAACUCGACGUAUAUGUUCAUCCCGGCGUUCCCACAGGACUGCCCUUAUGUGACGACUGUAGGCGGCACCAGAAACUACCCGGAGUCUGCGGACUCGACGUAUUUCGCCAGUGGAGCCGGUUUCAGCAACUAUUUCGACCAACCUGCAUAUCAAGCCAAGGUGGUGGACAGCUACGCCGAAAGCCUUGGUGGACUCUACGACGGGUUCUACAACAAAUCAGGCCGUGCUUAUCCCGACGUCUCAUGCAUCGGACAAAUAUUCUCCGCGAUCUGGAACGGCACUACUGCGCGUGAUGUCGGUACAUCUGGAUCUUCACCCAUCUGCGCCUCUGUUUUUAGUCUGUUGAACGAUGCCUUGAUCGCUGAGGGCCGACCCCCGAUGGGCUUCAUCAAUCCCUGGCUCUAUUCUCACGGACACAGGCUAUUCACAGAUGUGACGAACGGUAGUUCAGCAGGAUGCAACACCACAGGCUUUCCUGCCGCUCCAGGUUGGGAUGCAGUCACUGGAUUCGGGACUCCAUACCUUCCCAAACUCCUCGAAGCAUUUGGAUUGAGGGGAUAG